UCGGUGGUGGUAAUGCACCAGUCAGUUAGGUUGCCAACCGCCAAUAAACACCAAAAAAGAAGAAGAAGAGGAAGAAAUGCUGUUCAGCUGAUGACGACCGAACGCUUCGUAAACAGACGAAAAUCCAUAAGAUACUAAUAUUUCACAUGAGCGACACAUUUUAUUUUAAAAUUUAUUUCGUUUUACACUUUUUAAAAAACAGCAGCAACUAAACCUUCUUCUGCAGAUUCAGGCUCAGCAUAAUGAGACCAAACUUGGUUGUGCCAAUGUUUUGAGGCCUCUAUGGUUGCAGGAAUGAGCUUUUCUCACCGUCGAAGGAAUCCGCACAGGACCCGUCGCACCAUUUUGGAAGUUCCUUCAGAACUUAACAAACCUGUUUCAGGUGACAAAGCUUCCAUCUUGCAUAGUAAAGAAACCACAGUGUCUCAAGAGCUGAAUUCUGCAGAAUCACAUGGACUGAAAACAACCAAGAAGGAGAAACCUCAAGCAACAAACCAAAAUGCUCUUCCUGACUUGUCAGCUUGUUUACAGAAAUCAGCACAUCAACUAAAUGGACUGGUGUCUUCAAAGUCACAUGAACUUGAGCCGAUGGUGCCUGAAAAAAUGACCACCCCCAAAUGUCGAUCAGAGACAUCAAAAAUGUCUCGUAAGGGAAGAAAAAAGAAAGUCAUUCAACCCAGUGAGAAAGAAGUAGCUGCUAGCAAAGCUUGUUCCAAUGGACUGGACCAUUCUGAACACAAUUAUUGCCCAGAACAACACUUACGCUCUCAAAAAACAAAAGGGACACGUUAUCGGCACUCUAAAAAAACUCAAAACAAUCAGACCCCCUCUGAUGUUUCUACAGGGCUUCACACAUGUACUACAUCUCCUCUUCAUGACAAGGAGAUCUCCUCCUGCCACACUAACGGUGGUUGUAGCUUUAUACCACGCACCCCGAAACGGGGCAGGCCCCGGACCAGGCCUCUCUUCAGCUCCACACCGACCUCAGACUUCCAACCCCUAUCUCCAAAAAGAGCUAAGAAUAGUUGCACACAACAUAGUCAUCAGUCCAGUCGAGUAAAGACGCCUCCUACAGACGUUACACCAUCUAGACCUCAGAGGCUCGUGGCAGUAGGGAGGCCAAGAGGUCGCAAGAAAAAGAACGUGGAGGAACAGCUAAUUGUCUCUCCAUCAGUGAAACAAUGCAGGAAGAGUGCUACAUCUGAUCUAGAAUCUCCUCAGGAAGAGCCAGCUGUUGAGACGCCGCCUCCAAAUGAAGCUCACAUUAAAACCCAGAUGCAAGAGCCACAGGAAUCAGGGCUUCACACAUGUACUACAUCUCCUCUUCAUGACAAGGAGAUCUCCUCCUGCCACACUAACGGUGGUUGUAGCUUUAUACCACGCACCCCGAAACGGGGCAGGCCCCGGACCAGGCCUCUCUUCAGCUCCACACCGACCUCAGACUUCCAACCCCUAUCUCCAAAAAGAGCUAAGAAUAGUUGCACACAACAUAGUCAUCAGUCCAGUCGAGUAAAGACGCCUCCUACAGACGUUACACCAUCUAGACCUCAGAGGCUCGUGGCAGUAGGGAGGCCAAGAGGUCGCAAGAAAAAGAACGUGGAGGAACAGCUAAUUGUCUCUCCAUCAGUGAAACAAUGCAGGAAGAGUGCUACAUCUGAUCUAGAAUCUCCUCAGGAAGAGCCAGCUGUUGAGACGCCGCCUCCAAAUGAAGCUCACAUUAAAACCCAGAUGCAAGAGCCACAGGAAUCAGAUCAAAACAUGUCCUCUGACCUCUCCAUUGAGCCGAGUCUGCAAGAGAAGCCUCAUCCUCUUAACAACUCUCUCUUCAUGGAGGAGGAAGAGGACCUAGACGACGAUGAUGAGGAGCUGCCCAGCUUUUUGCAACAGGACAAUAAAAAGCCUUUGUCAAUCUCAAAGGGACUUUGCGUGUGGUGCAAACUGAGGAAAUAUCCCUUCUGGCCUGCAGUGGUUAAAAGUGUGAAUCGCAAGAACAAAAAAGCCAGCAUUGUAUUUAUUGAUUGUUACCUAAUUGACCAGAAGAGAAUUAGAAAAGGGUUUUCUGUUUCCCUGCGAACCUUAAAACCUUUUGAUUGUGAAGAAUGUGAACAUUUGGUGGACAUUGCAAAAGAGAAGUAUGACAAUGCUAUUACCUGGUCUCUGGAACUGAUAUCAGACUAUAGGAUCCGCAUUGGAUGUGGAUCCUUCUCUGGCUCCUUCAUCGAAUUCUGUGCUGCUGACAUCAGUUGUCCAGUGCGGAGGAAGUACUCCGAGGGGAAAUCUGUGCUCACCUUUCCCAGUCAGGAGAUUCUGGGCGAGCAGUGUGACAGCUCUGAUAAUAACGCGGAGGACAUCGUCGUGGAAGAGCAAGAUGAGCUUCACUCCAAGAAAGUGCUGCCCGACCGAUCCAAGGCUGCACGCAACCGCGCCAACGAGCAGUUGGUUGACUUCAUCAUCAGACGAAAAGUCGAAAACCGCUUAUUGGCAGUCAUUAGCGGUCGUGAGUCCUCUAAAUGGAUGCAAGCCCUCCAGAAGCCUUCUUGUCAAGUGGUUGGUGUCUACCUGGAAGAUGAGGAGCAGGUUGAUAAGGUUUACCACUACCUGAACAAAGUCUGUGAUAGUGCUCCUCAAAUAAACACCUGUCUAGAAAACAUCCAGGCCGACCGGAUCCGCCUUAUUUUUGAUGUGCUUCUGCCUGAGGCCAUAAUCUAUGCCAUCGCUGGAGUCCACAAGCUUUCCCUGGAGAAGGCAGAGGAGAAAUAUCACAGAGGGCCGUGCUUUAGUAACAGAGAAAGACAGGAGUUUGACAUGAUGAUUGAACAGCAGAUGAAGCUCAAGGAAAUCACCCAGCAUCAUAGGCAGUGACGGCCCCUCUAUUUAAAAAAAUAAAUGAACUUUUAUGAAUUCUGUUCAUAUUUUUAUGAAUAGGAAUGUUUUCUUCAAUAUAUUUUCUUUCUAAUCAUAGUAUAUUAGAACAUUAAUUGAAUGAUGGUUGAAUUGAAUGAGUGUUCAUGGCAAAAAAGAUUUUGCUGUUGAUUGUAAAUUAAUCUGAUAUUAAAUGUUUAUUAUCAAAUCUCUGAGACUUUAUGAGCUGAAUGGUGUAUCUAUGAUGCUAAAGUCAGCAAAAUAUGGUGCUUUUAAUGUGUGCAGUGUAUAAGUAAAUGCCUUGUGCUAAUACAUAAAUACAUAAUUUAAAAAUAAUGUAAUAUUUCUCAGAUUAACUAAAACCCAUGUGGUUGCUACUUGUUUUGAAAAUGUGUGUCCUUGGGUGUUUGUAACUGUAACUGAACCCUGUCAAGCUGCAUUUACAAUCCACACGGCUGAUGUCUCUAAAAAGUGUUGCCAUUUUUAGCCACCUCACAUUUCACAGUAAUUUUCUGUGCGUAGCUUUUUCUACACCGAUAUA